AUGUGCCGCAAAUGCACAAGAGCAUGCUACUGCUCCACGGGCCAUCUAGAAGCGCAUCGGGAGGAGCACAGCAAGAUAUGUAAAAAGUUGAAGACCAUUGCAGCAAGAGAGGCCGAGAGGAAAUCCAUGUGCGCAGCAGUCGACUGGUCUCAGUCUCAGGGAGGCCAUAACUCUGAUCCGGACGCCCCAUGUGUGUUGCUUAUGAAAAUCGGUGACCGAGGGACGCCAAAGGAGGUGUCGCAAAAGUUUUUCGGAUGGAAAGAGUUUGCCCUGAUGACCCCAGAAGAUCGAAAGGGCUUGCUGGGCAUGGACGCAGGAUGGGAGGCUUUCUUGCGGCUUCCCAGGUGGCAAAAAGACAUGUCAACUUUGGUCGCGACGGAAAAACAGCUCAUCCAAGCGAACAAGAUGUUGCAGACCGGUGCAAUACCUGCGGCUCUGUUGGGUGGCAUCAAACCGCUUGCGUACAGCAGUCCUGACGCAAUGCUUGCAGACAUGCAAUUCACACUGGCAUCUGUUCUCACUGACCCACUGACUUGCUGGUAUGCGAUGCGAAGAACAGGUUUGUGGAGCGAAUCAGAUGAGAUGUUCAAUCAGAAAGCUGACGCUCGGAAACGUCCCAUCCUGCGAAUCCAUGUGGUUGGAGUUGAGUUCGGGCGUGAACUACAGGAGAUUGUUGUCCUCCGGAACAUGUUGGCUGCCCUCUUUGGCGUGUCAGGCCCGCGAUUCCACAUCGAGUUCAUUGGAUGUAGCAUCCCAAAAAGCUGGCACGCUCCUGGAGACAUUGAUGAAGCCAAUUUCUGCAUCGGAACCACCAACUUCGCUGGGUCAUACCAAGAAUACAUCCAGCACGUACGCUACAGGAAACCUGACGCAGUAGUUGCAUACUACCCCGGUUUGUAUGAUCCCACCUACAACUGGCUCCCUGUGCUGGCAUUUGUGGUUGAACAGAGGAUUCCCUUUGUGUUCACUUGCGCAAGUGACAAAGAUCACACGGAAACCCAAGACCUUUUGCGAGUGAACCCUCUCCGCAUGUUGCCGACUGUGCUUCUAGAUGAGAGGAACCCCUUCGCUGCGGGAUUAGAUGAGGACGAGUUUGAUCCCAAUGUGUUGCACGCCCGAAACAUGUACGUGAUGGUUGUCCAUGGAGGCGACGUUGGAAGCAUAGUUCCCGAGAUUGCUCAACAGUCUUCAGCCGGUGAGCGCCAUUGCACCCUGCUGAAGUCUCUUCCCUCGCAGCGCGACUGGGACGCAUUGUUCCGGGAUUUGAUUGUGCUUUUUGCCAAGUGA